AUGGACUUGUGUUCCUUGCUGGAAGAUGAAGCUUCGAGCGGAUAUCCGGUCGGCGGAAAUAAUGGAAAUAAUAAUUUAGAAGAGUUUUUUGCCUUCGCUGCUUUCCAGCAAUUCGUAGCUCUGCGAAGGCACAUUGAAAGGGUCCACUCGCCCUUGGAAAUAUACGAUUGUGAGAAGUGUAGUAGAUUCUAUACAGAUCUCUCCAGCUCCCAGAGUUACGUCUGCUCGGAUCUUGUUCAGAAUGGACAGCAUAGAUGCCCACAGUGAGGCAAGUGCCUGCAAUUCGCCUCCAGUCUGGCCUCUCAUCUUUGCCUGCACAGCGGCGAGCGGCCCUUUACCUGCGAGGACUGCUCGAAGGCAUUCAGGACCAAUGGAGCCCUGGUUACCCACCGCAGGCUGCACCUGCGGCUCAUCCAGCAAAUGUGCCCUCACUGCAAACGUGGCUACCUGGAGGCAAGCAACAAGCGAAGUAUAGCCGCCUGGCAUGCGAGUGACCGACCUCUCACCUGCACUGUUUGCCAGCGCAGCUUCUCUCGAGUCUUUCUGAUGCAGUUACACAGUCGGACGCACACUGGCGGGCGGCCCUUCGCCUGUGGCCAUUGGGACCGGAGGUUUGCCCAACUGGGCGUCCUGCGAAGCAACGAACGGAUUCACACCGAAGAUCGUCUGCACCGCUGCCAAGUGUGCGAGAGAACCUUUAGCAGGGCGGGGCAGCUCCGGAAUCGCGAGAUGCGUCACGAAGUCGGCCAGUGA